AUGUCAAUGUCAAAUCGCUUUUCGGUUUACUCUAGCCAUUCGGCUGGCUUGUCCUCGGGAGUUCGCCCAGCUCCCCAGUCAGGCUCCCAGGUGUCAACGACAACGCUGUUGAAUGCAUUGCACACCUAUUAUAAUUCGGGUCAACCUUACCAGUUGGACGCAGGAACAAGUCUCGUGGUAAAUACUUGGCUUACUGCUACCCAAACAACUCCCGAUGGCCACAGUGGUGGUAUCGUAGACCGAGAUUUGCCUGUCAGAGCUUGGGAGCAUGCGAGGCGAAGGGCAGAGGAUGGGUGCAUUGUACUGAGUUCCACUCACCAAUCAGCCCCGUCUAUCCUGGAACCUUUCCUGGCGGCAUUACCUCUAUCCACUCCAAGCAUCACUUUCACUGCACUCGCCGCUCUGAGACCGUUUCUAUCUGCUGUAACUUCCUUCAAUCCAUCAUAUUCCCUCUAUUCCGCGCUCUCCGCUUGCUACACCUUUACCCUGAAAGGCGAUAUCACGGGACUCUCUCUAGCACUCUCAACGUCGGGCAUUAAUGUCCACAAGGGAUUGCUGGAUAUUCCGUCUGAGCCGGGAUAUCGCGCGUUUGAUGUCUUUUAUUACCUCCUGACCUCCGCCUCGACACCUGCGGAGCGGGAGUUUCUCGAUCUGAAGGACUUCUCCGCGUAUGCGUUGCUCAAUAAAUCGGGCACGUAUACGCCUCCUUCGUACCUUCCCACUGCGGACGACGCGGCCUCUGCCGAAGAUUUCCGUGCUGCCUUGAAGGCAAUUGGCAUCAAAGGGGCCUCUCAGCGGGGCUUGCUGUCAGUGCUUGCAGGUCUCCUGAAACUGGGUGAUGCGGCGGGCUUUUUAGUCGAUCAGGAAAAUCUGGAGGAAGCUUGCGAGGAAGUUGGAGGAUUGCUAGGUCUAGACCCUGAGAUCCUCCUUCAUAAAUGCUCCACCGACGAACGAGGACUGUUGAUUUCGGGCGUCUACGAAGCCUUGGUCGACUGGGUAAUCAGUAAAGCCAACGAGGCUAUCGGGAAUGAAAUUCAGGCGUACCUUGAAAAUGGCCCCCAGAGCAGUGGUGGUUCUGGCCAUGCUGGCCAGCACUCCGAUGAUGAUUCGGUGAGCAUUACUGUGGUCGAUAUCCCCAGACCAGCUCUUGGUAAGGCGGUGGCAAUGAGAGGCGUAUUUGAUGACUCUCUGGGUAUCAAUGCAGAAAUGAAAGAGGAUGGGGUUCCCACCCCUCCUGUUGGGCACGCAAUUACGACCGAAACGACUGCCGCCGUGUCCCAAGUCGAGGCGGAUUUGGGGAUAACCACGGGCCCUGCUUGGCGCGAACGAGAAUAUGAACUUGACAAAAGACAAGGAGUUUUGGAGAAGGUCAGUUUAGAGGUCGAGCCGGACGCGUUUCUCCGGCAGCUUCUACUCCCCGUGGAGUCUGAAGGAAUCACAGUUGGUCAGAGAGGUCGAUUUGACCUUGCUACUGUGCUAGGCAGUAGUCGGGUGUGGCAUCACAUUUCAAUACACCCAACUGAUGACUUGCCCGAAACUCUGACCUCGUCAUCUGCGGCGUGGGCUGCCGGGGCUGUGUCUCGUCAAAUCCGCGACUGGAGGCUUAGCGAGUGGGCGAAUCGUCGUCUCAAGCAACUUGAUUUCACAGCCGACUUCGAUGUGGAAGAAUUUGUCGGCAGGUAUUCCCGACUCGGUUGUGCAGAUGGCAAGGAUGGCGUGGAAAACUGGCUAGUCGAAAGGGGUUGGACAAAUGGUGAUGCGGUUGUCGGUCACCAGCGCAUCUGGAUGAGGGAAAACGCAUGGUGGGAAGCUGAAACUAUGCUUGAUCUGAAACCAAAUGAAUCGCCACCAGCAAACCCCUUCAUGUACGGACAAGGUAUGCUUGAUCCUGGUGUCCCAACUUAUGGAGGUCAACCUAUCGCAGAGUCAACCAGCCUCCUGGGGAGCCGAGACAAUCUUUUGCAGAGGCAAAGCAUGCUGGCUCCCAGUGUCGGAGGUGGGAAGUCGAUCGCACCUAGCGUACCUCAUAUGGCAGGCGACUAUGGUCUUGGCUCUAAGGGAGAUGAGAAGAAAUAUGACAAUCCUUACGACACCUUCGGUGGUGAGCUCGAUCCCGAAAUUGGCCAGCCGCACCAUAUUGAAAAGCAAGACAUGACCUUUGGCCGUCGCCUCUGGGUCGGAUUCGUCUGGGCAUUGACCUUCUGGAUCCCGUCCUUUGUCCUUCGGUACAUUGGCCGAAUGAAACGCCCUGACGUGCGAAUGGCCUGGCGGGAGAAGGUGGUCCUUGUUCUCCUCAUCCUCCUUUUCAAUGGUCUUGUUUGUUUUUACAUCAUUGAGUUUGGUAACCUGCUUUGUCCGAAUAGAGACAAAGCCUGGAACCAGAAAGAAUUGGGCUAUCAUCAAGCUCCCAAUGACUUUUACGUCGGCAUCCACGGUAAGGUGUACGAUAUUACCAAAUUCGCCAAACUUCAGCACAGUGAUACCGAUAUUGAGACCACCUCAUCGAAUAUGGAACCUUUUGCUGGAAAGAUUCUGGACGCCUAUUUCCCUCCUCCUUUGACUCGGUUCUGCGACCCGUUUGUCACCGACGAAUUAGUCGUACUGCAGUACAAUGAUACCACUGCCGUCGAGUACUCCAACGGUAAACAUGAUUCCGGGCCUAUGAAUCAGCCAAACCCGAAGACGAAGCUUCACGAGAUAACCUGGUACGAAAAGAUCUUCUUACCAAAAAUUAAAGAGUACUACAAGGGAGACCUGGUUUGGACGAAGGGUGUGGUCGCUAAGCAGGCGGACGCCGACCAGCGUUACUGGGUCAUUAAGGACAAUGGUAUCUACGAUCUGACAGACUAUUUCUACUCUCUGAAGAGGAGCAACAACAACAAGGACUACGACUUCUUGCCCAAGAGCAUUACGGAACUCGUCAAGAGUAAUCCGGGCACUGAUGUCACCGAUAAAUGGCCCAAUACGCAAGAGGCGCAGGAGGCUCAGAAGUGUCUUGAUUAUGUCUUCUAUAAAGGAAGAACGGAUUUCCGCGAUGAGCCGAAGUGUACGGUCAACAACUGGAUUCUGCUUUCGUUUGCCGUUCUUAUCGGCGUUGUCGUUGUUGUAAAGUUCCUUGCUGCCCUUCAGCUAGGAACUAAGCGUCGCCCUGCACCACAAGACAAGUUUGUGAUCUGCCUGGUGCCGGCUUAUACCGAGGGCGAGGAUGCACUACGCAAAGGCCUUGACUCGUUGACAGCCCUUCAGUAUGACAACAAGAGGAAGUUGAUCUACGUAAUUUGCGAUGGCAUGAUCGUCGGCGGUGGCAACGACCGUCCCACACCCAAGAUCGUUCUCGACAUCCUGGGGGUUGACCCGAAGAUCGACCCCCCGGCGUUGCCAUUCAAGUCUAUUGGGCAAGGAAGCGAUCAACUGAAUUAUGGCAAAGUCUACUCCGGCUUAUAUGAGUACGAGGGCAACGUUGUGCCAUAUGUUGUUGUGGUCAAAGUCGGAAAGGAGUCCGAGCAGAAUAAGUCGAAGCCCGGUAACAGGGGUAAGCGUGACUCCCAGAUCCAACUACUCAGCUUCCUUAACCGCGUGCAUCACCGCGCUCCGAUGUCGCCUCUUGAGCUCGAAAUUUUCCACCAGAUUAACAAUGUGAUUGGCGUCGACCCUGAGCUGUAUGAGUAUUGUCUCAUGGUAGACGCAGACACCAGUGUUCGGGAAGACUCGCUUAACCGCUUGGUUGCUGCAUGUGCCAACGAUGCUCGAAUUGCCGGCAUUUGCGGUGAGACCAGUCUCCAGAAUGAGGGUCGAAGCUGGUGGACGAUGAUUCAGGUCUAUGAGUACUAUAUUUCCCACCACCUGUCAAAGGCGUUCGAAUCCCUUUUUGGCAGCGUGACCUGUCUUCCUGGAUGUUUCUCUAUGUACCGUCUACGAACUGCGGACAAGGGUCGCCCCCUGAUUGUUUCGGACAAGGUUGUCCAUGAAUAUGCGGCCAUUAAUGUGGAUACCCUUCAUAAGAAGAACCUGCUUUCGCUGGGUGAGGAUCGUUAUCUGACUACGCUGAUGACGAAACACUUCCCGACCAUGUUAUACAAGUUUCUUCCCGAUGCGUAUGCCAGUACUGCCGUACCGGAGGAAUGGACUGUCCUGCUAUCACAGCGGCGUCGAUGGAUCAAUUCGACAGUGCAUAACCUCGUUGAACUAGCAGCUCUAAAGGAUCUUUGUGGCUUCUGCUGCUUCAGUAUGCGCUUCGUCGUGCUGGUCGACCUCAUCGGAACUGUUAUCCUGCCUGCGACCUGUGUCUAUUUAGGGUAUCUUAUUUACCGAAUUGCCAGUCACACGGGCCCGUUUCCCACGAUCGCUAUCUCUAUGCUGGCGGGUGUCUAUGGUCUCCAGGCGAUUAUCUUCAUCGUCAAGCGUCAAUGGCAGCAUAUCGGAUGGAUGAUCAUUUACCUCUGCGCCUAUCCGAUCUACAGUUUCGUCCUGCCCCUUUAUUCGUUCUGGAAGCAGGAUGAUUUCAGUUGGGGAAGCACCCGUAUUGUCAUUGGGGAGAAGGGAUCCAAGCGUGUUAUAGCGGUGGAGGACGAGCCCUUUGACCCCCGCAGCAUUCCUCUGCAGCGCUGGGAUGAUUACGCUCUCGCCAACAACCUUCCUGGUCGCCGUGGGGAGUAUAGCAUGAGCCAGGAGAAGAUAUAUGGCGGUCGGUAUAUGGAUGAGACGGCCAUGGAAUUGGACGAUAUGCAUUCGAACUACUCCUCGGUAAAGCCUGCUUCCACGAUCCUAACCGGCUUCCCUGGUCAGGGUCGUAAUGGGAACCCGUACAUGCCGCCGCAAUCGCCGGCUCCUUUCGGUGGCAACUACCCGGGCAACAGGCAUUCGCAUCUCUCCCACCUCAGCAGGUACACCGAUUUGCCACUUCAAGGUGGACAAAAUACACCGCGACAGAUGUCUAUGGGUAAUCUCAGCCAUCUGAGCCAGUUCCAUGAGAGUGGUAUGAAUACGAGCCGGCAUAGUGUUGGAUUGAUGCAGAGCACAGACAAUCUUCUUGGAGGCCAACGGCCGCACUCUCGGAGCCCCGUCGGUGGCGGAUUCCAGUCCAGACCCCAAAGUGCCUUUGACUUCCGUGGCAGCGGCGGACCGGAUGAGAUGGCCAUCACGGAAGCCAUUCGGGGUUGUCUGGCAGAGGUAGACUUGGACACGGUGACGAAGAAACAAGUUCGUGCCUUGGUUGAGCAACGACUCCAAACAACGUUGACUGGAGAUAAGCGGGCGUUCCUAGAUCGCCAGAUUGAUCAAGAGCUAGCCACUGCCGAAGCCAAAGCAGCAUUUACGGCCUCGCUCCGCUCCGUCGGCGCAAACCACGAGACGGAGCUGCGGGAACGCGCACGCAUGAUCCACGAGAAUGCCUCUGCGCUGACGAAACAGGAAACGGGUCUACAUCGCGCGACGGAGGGACUUCGCAAGCAGAACGAUCAGUGGGCCAAGGUGGCGGAUCAGGCGCGCGACGGACUUAAGGAGAUCGGGGACGUGCAGAACUGGGCGGAGCUGAUUGAGAGGGAUCUCCUUGUGGUGGAGGAGACGGUGAGGUUGGCGGAGGAGAGGGAGGGAAGACGGAGUGGAAGUGAUGGGGAGGGUGAGGAGAUGAAUGGGAAUGGGGAUGUGAAAGGGAAGGGGAAGAGCGGGUGGUUUUGGUGGUAG